AUGUCUACCUUUUGGAACCCAGUCAGUGUUUGUGAGAUUGGUGAGGAUCUAGCCCACCAGGCUACCUGCUGCGGCAUCACAGAGCGAGGUGCUCGCUGUAAGAAUAGGAUCUCUGCGAAGAUGCUCAAGCAGUGGCAUCGAGAUCGGCAAGCUGACCAGGUUAGUCGACGCUGGUAUGAUGCCGCUGUUCGCAAUCAGCUCGGCAGCAACGUUGUGCUGGAACACGCGACCACGCUAAGCCACGAGGAAAGUGACCUGCGCCAACCUGCAACCCAUCAGUUGGACCAUGGUGUCUCAUAUGAUACCAGUGAGACUGAGCGCGAGCUCCCGCAAGCAAUCCAGCCUUAUGUAUCCCCCGCGAUGCUGCGUGCAAACAAUGUGCCGUGGGCUGUCUCGCCGGUACAACCUGCCAUUGUGUCUGUUGCGAAUAUUUUGGCAGGAAUUCAAGACCUGGAAUUACACUGUCUCGCUGUGAGUCAUGAUGUGAACGACAUUCAUUGUACCUUUUGCCUGGCGGAAGAUGGAGACACGACCGAUGAAAAUGUGAUUCUCCGAUGUCGACAAUGCCACGCGCUAUCGCACCUGUCCUGCAUGGAACUCUGGCUGGACCAGCGUGACACAGGCUUUGGCACCUCUUGUUGUGUUUGCCGCAGUAAUGGUGCUCUAGAUGCCCUCAUCCGUCCAAUUAGGCGUCGGACCGAUACUGGUUCCGCCAGCGCGUCGACGGUAGACCGCAACAUAGGUACGGUGCAUGAUUGCCGGCUAGGAAACUCCUUGCCCACCGAGGAUACAACGACUUCUCAGGGCCGCAUUGCUCGGUCACCCCGUGCACCAGCACGGCAUGAACAGCCCCGUCGGUCGGCGCGGCUGACGCGGAAUGUCGAUAGCACUGCCCCGCUCCGACGUUCGACAAGAUUGGAGAAUAGCCGACCGCGAGGCUGUGAGUGA